GGCAAGCAGUCGGCGUACACACACGCGCCUCACGGUUUUGGGGGUGUUCAGGAGGGCUUCUUUUUUUUUUCCUCCCCUGCGCGAGCGAAUCCACGGGAUUUCUCCUGCCAUUUUUUUCUCUCUCCCCGUGUGGGUGUAGGACGAGAGGCACAGCAGGAAGAAGAGGAGGCGGCGGCGGCGGGGAGGUGAGGUAUGGCGCGGGAGAGGCGGGCGAUACGGCGGAUAGAGAACGCGGCGGCGCGGCAGGUGACCUUCUCCAAGCGCCGCCGCGGGCUGUUCAAGAAGGCGGAGGAGCUGGCGGUGCUCUGCGACGCCGACGUCGCGCUCAUCGUCAUCUCCGCCACCGGCAAGCUCUCGCAGUUCGCGAGCUCCAGUAUGAAUGAUAUCAUUGACAAGUACAGUACACAUUCUAAGAAUCUGGGGAAGUCACAUCAGCAGCCUUCUAUCGAUUUGAAUGUAGAGCAGAGCAAGUAUAGUGGUUUGAAUGAACAACUCACAGAAGCAAGUCGUGGACUUAGACAGAUGAGAGGUGAGGAGCUUGAGGGUUUGAGUGUAGAGGAACUGCACCAAAUGGAAAGGAAACUUGAAGCAGGACUGCAUAGAGUGCUUAGUACGAAGGACCAGCUAUUCAUGCAACAAAUCAGCGAAUUACAGCAAAAGGGCGCACAGCUUGAAGAUGAGAACAGGCUUCUGAAAAAACAAGUGCCUCAUGUGAUUACAGCUGGCGCGGCAGUGGUUGCUGCUGAUACAGAAAAUGUCCUCACCGAAGACGGACAGUCAUCUGAAUCUGUGAUGACUGCAUUGCAUUCAGGAAGCUCGCAUGACAAUGAUGAUGGUUCUGAUAUAUCCUUGAAACUAUCGUUACCUUAAAAGCAAAGGAUCACCAUGAUCUGCAUGAGUGGUAACCAGAGCUGCUAUCUGCACUUUAAAGUUGCAGCCCUAAAUUUGUAAUGUUGUGUAGUAUACGUUAUCUCCGCUCUAAAAAUAUGUGUGUUAUUUGUUGCCUGUCGUGCUACACUAUUUUCAUGUCACUCUACUUGUUCACUUUUUUAUGAAACUUAUGCUCUAGAGCUUACAAAAAGUGGGCUUGCUUAAAGUCCGUUCUUGUAUAAAAAGAAUGCAUUCACCGGAUGAUUUGUUUUGACUAUAAUAUUGUUGUUUGAGUGCUACGCGACAA